UCUGUUGGUGUGGAGAUCAUCAAUGGGAAAAAGGCUCAGAAGGGCUCCUUUGAUUACAUGGCUUCGGUGCAGAAAGACGGGAAGCAUAAAUGUGGAGGAUUCCUGAUAUCUCCUGAUUUUGUGCUCACUGCAGCACAUUGUGACAACGGGAAAAACAUGAAUGUGGUUCUCGGCUCUCAUGACAUUCAGAAGGGUAACAGGAAUGCUCUGAGAAUCCCUGUGAUGAAAAUAAUAAAGCCCAAAGCAUACAAAAAAACGCCGGGUGGUGGCAGUGACAUCAUGCUCCUAAAGCUAUCAAAAAAAAUCAAAUUAAGCAAAAAUGUAAAAACAAUUACAAUUCCGGAGAAGGAUGGACCCAUCGGUUCGGACAUAAAGUGCACCGUGGCAGGCUGGGGCAAAACUGAAAAGCAGCCUCACGUCACGGACCUUCGCUUUGUUCAUGUGUCCACCAUUAACCGUGGCAUCUGCCAGAAACAGUGGAAAGGAAGCCUGCCAGAUAACACAAUCUGCGCUGGAGGGUACGAGGCCAAAUACGGGGCAUGCCAGGGAGACUCAGGGGGUCCACUGGUGUGCAGUGAACAAGCAGUGGGAAUCGUUUCCUUCAACUACGAAGGAAAUUGCAGCUACCCAAAUCGUCCCAAUGUUUAUACUCAGAUCUCAAAGUUUGUGCCCUGGAUCAAGAAGUAUGUCAAAAACCUUCCUUUGUCUUAG